GCGAUGAUCGAGGGGGCGGGGGGGAAAGCAGAAAAAAGAAAAGGGAAAAAGAGGACGGGGUUGCGGAGCGACGGCGGCUAAUUCCGAGCGGGGCCUAGAACGAGUUUCUGACUGCAGAGAAAAAUGAUGACUUAGUCUGAAUGAGGAAAAGAGACAAGAAGAUGGGCCACAGUGACAGACUCUUUCAAAAGAGCAACUCAAAGUCAACGUUGUCUUGUUGCUGUUCAGGAAGGAAUUCUAUUACAGAAGAAAUCGAAGUUACUGACAAUGCCGUUAUUUGAAGAUACAAGCAACAGCAAUAUUUCAGAUAACAAUCUCGUCAAAAAAAGAUGCCCAGAUCCCUGCACUCCACUCAGAUGAGUAGACUGUGGUUUUUAAUUGUAGCUGUCUAAUCCUUUUCCCUUCUAUUGUUGGCAUGGAAAUGGAAUUUAAAAAGCUUUACACAGCUGUACCGGCAUUAUAUUGCAUUAGCUACUGCUUGCUGAAUUGCAGUGAGAUGACGUAAUUUGACUAUGGAAAGCAAAGAAGUGCAAUGCACUUUGUGGUGGUGGUUUGGGCUGUGGCCCAAACAAUGCCAAAUAUUUCAAUUUUUUAAAGGAAGAAAAUUUGUUGUUUUGAGGCUAAGGUACUGAUUUCUUAUGACAACAUUACCUGGUUGUUGCUGACUUAAAUGAGCAUUCUCAACAUAAGUUAGUGAAAACUUUUAAUUUCUGUACCAGGCAACAUAACUCCGUGUAAUACCAAAAUAAGUGGCUGCCAGGAACGACAGGAAAAAAUAACAAUUUGGGCAGCAGGGUCCAUGUUGGAUUGGAUAUAUUUAUAAUCUCAUUCACUCAGUGCAUUAACUACAAGAGGCAAAUUAAACUGAUGAUCAUGCUGCUAAAUUGAUAAUGCGGACUACUCUUGCCAUCUGCUUUCUGGUCUUGGGGUUUUGGCAUCGGUGAUGAGAAAUGGGGUAUGAUGUAGCACGUUUUCAAGGGGAUGUUGAUGAAGACCUUAUAUGCCCCAUCUGCAGUGGUGUCUUGGAGGAGCCAGUGCAGGCUCCUCAUUGCGAGCACGCCUUCUGCAAUGCCUGUAUCACCCAGUGGUUCUCCCAACAGCAGACUUGCCCUGUGGAUCGAAGCGUUGUAACUGUGGCUCACCUGCGCCCUGUUCCCCGGAUCAUGCGUAAUAUGCUGUCUAAGCUGCAGAUCACUUGUGACAACGCUGUUUUUGGUUGUACUGCUGUAGUGCGGCUUGACAACCUGAUGUCUCACCUCAAUGACUGCGAACACAAUCCAAAGCGGCCUGUGACUUGUGAACACGGAUGCGGCUUGGAAAUGCCCAAAGAUGAGAUGCCGAAUCAUAACUGCAUUAAACACUUGCGGUCAGUGGUGCAGCAACAACAGACAAGAAUAGCCGAGUUGGAAAAGACUUCAGCAGAACAUAAGCACCAGCUAGCAGAGCAGAAACGUGACAUUCAAUUGUUGAAAGCAUAUAUGCGAGCAAUACGUAGUGUCAACCCCAACCUGCAGAAUUUGGAAGAGACUAUUGAAUAUAACGAAAUCCUAGAGUGGGUGAACUCCUUGCAGCCGGCCCGGGUGACGCGGUGGGGUGGUAUGAUCUCUACGCCAGAUGCCGUACUUCAAGCUGUAAUUAAGCGUUCGUUGGUGGAGAGUGGUUGCCCCACGUCCAUUAUCAAUGAGUUGAUUGAAAAUGCCCAUGAACGGAACUGGCCACAGGGCCUGGCCACCCUAGAAACUCGUCAGAUGAACCGGCGCUAUUACGAAAACUAUGUGGCCAAACGCAUACCAGGCAAGCAGGCUGUGGUAGUGAUGGCCUGUGAGAAUCAGCACAUGGGUGAGGAGAUGGUGCUAGAGCCAGGCCUGGUGAUGAUAUUUGCACACGGAGUGGAGGAAAUCUAAAGACUUAACAGAGAUGAUAAAACAAUGUGCUUGAAAGAAAAAUAUACUUUGUCGAAGCCCACUGAUCCUACCCUGCUAUACCAUGUCAGGGCAUUAUUCUUCUCCAAGUUGAUUUAAAAUGCCACUUCCUAAUUAUACUGGGCAGGUGCCCAGCAACUUAUGCAAAAUGCCGCGUUGCAUUCUCUCACCCUUGCGAAAAUUUACCUCCUGUCUGGUGUUGACACAGGUUUCCAAAUGUCCACAUAAAAGCACAAGGAAUUCCUCUGUGCUCAAGAAAGAGCAGUGGGCUUCUGUCGUAAGAAGUCUUUGAUGUCCUGACAUGAUUGCGUUGUCCCAGAUAGCUUAGUUUCAGGGUGUGACGGGCUUUUGAAUUCUGAUUUACAAUUCUCCAGAGCUAAAUUUUAUUUGGAAGACCCCACCCCAAUUCACUCACACAUGCAUACACACACUUAUUGACUGGUUUCCCAUGUCAUUCUUUAAAGGCAUUUUUGUGCAGGCCGCACACUUUUCCAUCAUGGCCCAUAGUAUCUGACUUUCACACAGUACCUUUAAGGCAAAGCUUUGCAGCCUUUGUGUAGGGAGGGAUGGCAGGGGGUAGGGAGGAGGUUACAAAAAUGCGAAGGCAGAUGCCAAGCCGGGGGGGGUGCAAGUAAUGCCAAAUAUAAUCUGCAUACCAGUAGUGAAAUUUUGGCGUAAAAAGUGAUGUGGAGCCAAAAAACUGACCUGUCAGGAGGACAAUCUCUGCAACCCGUUUGGGAUGUGUGGCCUUACGUUGCACAGGAGACAGCCUUUCCUUUUCAAUAGGACAUAGAAUUCUUUAGCAGUGUACUGUUGCUGCCACCUCUGCAGAGUGAAAUGGAAUUCUCGUCACAGCGCUCGGAUGUCAUCUUCCUCCUUGUACUUUUGAAGUGCCGCUGGUGAUGUCAGGUGCUUUGCUGACCUGUCCUUCCUCAUAGGAUACAAGCCUUCAAGCAGACACUCCGCGCAGUCUGAUCAGAAACAGGCUCCUCUGAAUUGCGUGUGCCAUUUAAGGUUAUCUCAGCAUCAUAACCUUGCAAAGAAAACGGAAGAAAGAACAUUAACCUGGAUGAAACUGUCUUGUCAUUGUAUGUUGGCUGUUUUGAUAAAUCUGCGUGUAAUUUUUUGGGGACAUCUUGAUGAUCGUGUUCAGUAUUUUUGUAAUACUUUUGCCUUUGUAUGUUUCCCUUAUUUUAUUUUUUAAAUACAGUGGCCAGGAAUGUCUUCAAGUCCUA